UGCAUAAAUGACGUCACCGCCAAGGGGCCGUGAUCACGUGUCCCCAACCGGAAAUCCGCUUCACUUCCUGACCCGCCAAACGUGAGUUGUUGGUUUGAGAGAAUGCCAUUGUUUGUCGUGUCAGAGUUUCCCUCGUCGUCGUCCAGCGUUCGGCUCCGAUGGCGCAAGCAGAGGGAUGGCCGAAUCUCGAGGGAUCGUGGAGGAGCUGCUCGCGCUCUGCAUCCAGCGAAUGACGAUGGAGGAGAAAGCCAUGAACACCGAGCUGGGUGAGUUCCCCGGCCGGCGCGCCCGCUGGCCGCCCAAUCAUUGCCGCGUGGAUCCCAGCCAAACCGAGCCCAUGGCCUUGGCAGAGUUGAUCGAGGUGGUGAAAAGCUUCGAGAGCGCCAGGAAGCAAUGGCAGCGCGCCGAGACGGAGCUCAAGAAGUACAAGGAGCUGCUGGUCAAGUCGGACGUGGCCAAAGCUGCGCUGGAGGUCAAACUCAAGCAUGCCCGCAACCAGCUGGACGUGGAGAUGAGGAAACGUUACAAGAUGGAGGGCGAUUAUCAGUACCUGCAGAGGCAAAUGCAGCUCAUGUGCGACAUCCUGGUAAACGACAGCAAAUCCAGCGCCUGUCUCAACGAGGAGCAGAAGUCCCUGCUGGCCGCCUUUGAGCACAAAGGCGCCAACAGGACUCGGCAGCACGGCAGCAAACGCUUGUCGGCCAUCGACGAGUCGUCCUUCUUCUCGCACUCGGACAUCAGCUACGACCGCACGGACGAUGACGUGGACCUGGACGCCUCCGCGCUCAAACCCCUGAGGUCACGGGCCCGAGAGCGGCGGCGUUCGUCCAUGCCGCUGACGGCGCCGGGAAAGCAAGGGCCAGGCGGCGACGUUUCUGCUGAGCUGCUGCUGGAGCGCAAAAGCGUGGAGAAGGAGGUGGAGACGGCCGUGCGGGCGAUAGUGAGGGCACCCGGCGCCAGGGCCCUCGGCGCCAGGGCCCUCGUUGACACGCCACCCACGCCGGAGCGGCCCGAAGAGGGAUUCGCCGGCGAGGGAGAAGAAGCGCCUGAACCCGGCGGCCAGGCUGGCGUGCAGACGUGUCCCAAGCAUGACUUUCUCUCCAAAACGGUGAUCCGGCCCGAGAUGUGCUUGCCUUGCGGCAAGAGGAUCCGCUUUGGCAGGAUGGCGCUCAAGUGCAGAAGCUGUCGCCUGCUUUCUCAUCCAGAGUGCAAAGCCAAGUGCAUCCAGAUGUGCGCUGCCCCCCGCCCGGCGGCGGCUGAGGCCACGGUCCCGCUGGAGGCGUUAGCUCCCAGCAAGGCUCCCAGGAUUCCGCCGCUGCUCGUAGAGUGCGUAAAGGAGAUCGAAAGGAGGGGCUUACAGGAGCGAGGCCUCUACAGAGUUCCCGGCGGCGAGCGGCAGGUCAAGGACUUGCGCCAGCUCUUGACGGCGGCCACAGCGCCGCCGCCGCGACUGAGCGAGGUGUCGGACAUCCACGUGCUUUGCGGCGUCCUCAAAGACUUCCUGCGCAAGCUGAAGGAGCCGCUGCUCACCUUCAAGCUCCACCGCAGCUUCACGGCAGCUUCAGAGAUGAGCGACCACCAAAAGAGCUCGGGCGCCAUGUUUCGGGCCAUCGCCGAGCUGCCCAAGCCCAACCGGGACACGCUGGCCUUCCUCAUGCUCCAUUUGCACAAGGUGAUGCGGAGUCCUCAGUGCCAGAUGGACCGGAAUAAUUUAGCCCGGGUUUUCGGACCCACCCUGAUGGGACACGCGCUGUCUGACCCGUCGCCGUCGACGAUCGUGCGGGACACAAAUAUUCAGCCUAAGGUCAUCGCUCACUUCUUGUCCUUCCCCGAGGACUACUGGAGGCGUGUCCUCGGCGACCAGGCGGCCGCUUGCCAUAAGCGCUCCAGCCGAGGCGAAGGAGAGGGUACGGCCGCCGCUCGCCCGACCUCGUCCGGCCUUGUCGGGAUUUCGGCUCGUUUCUUUGAGCCGCUGACGUCUCCCGAGCUGAACAAGCGCCGCGACGUGCCCGGCGAGACGGCCGCUCGAGGUCGCGCCGGCAACUUGGCAAACAGCGGUUGCGCCGUGCCAGGCCGGCGCUUUUUCACAUCACCCAGCUGACCUGGCGUCAUCCAGCGUUACUCACAGUUGUAAGGAAUGAAAAAUAAAUAGAUGAAGAGCUGCUGUUGUUG